AUGAACCUGCUCACGACAAAGACCCAAGGACAGUCGGCAUCGUAUCAACGAGUCAAGGAAGGGCUCGAGAUGGGACGCGGCUUUUUGAUGCAAGGAAUCAAUCUGGAUGAACGUUAUACAGUUAAUGAUCGGGAGAAGAAGAUACAAGCGUGUGAUUACUACAAGAAGGGAAUUGACGCUUUCAAGUCUGCGAUGAAAGUGAAUAUCAUGGAGAUCCCAGAAGAACGACGAAGUGAAGUGCGAGAAAUGAAGGACAAAGCGAAAAGUAACAUGAAAGCCGCCGAAGAUCGUUUUGUUGAAUUGACCAACCAGAUGCUCGGCAAAACUCCUUCUCCGACAGAGUCGCGACCAACGACGUCAACUUUUCGCGCAACCUCCACCACUGCCGCCGAGGUUCGAACCACAAAGAAGGAUCUAACUCGGAAUGGAACUGAGCCCUCACGUUGCCUAAAGCUUCUCCAACCCUCACCACUAACCGAAUUUGCGCAUUAUCGAAAAACUGAGCGUGUUAGAGCUCAAUCUAAAUCACCCAUUUCGAAAACAAAAAUUCCACCCAAGCUUUUGGCAUCGGCCAGGCAACCAGUGCAGAAAAAAGAAACGAGAAGCGAUAGUAAGGCGACGAUAUCUAGAAAUCAAACUUCUCGUCCUCAACGCUCCGUUCUCGCCCGAAAUGACAUGCUAAAAGGAGUUGAUGCGAAAUUCGGCAACGCCAUUCUCGAUGAGAUUUUGGACAAGACAGAAGUCAUGUUAAAAGAUGUGUAUGGGUGUGAUGCAGCAAAACAAGCUCUCGAGGAAGCAGUCAUUUAUCCGGCUCUCAACCCUUCAUUAUUCAGUGGUCUCCGACAACCGGUCAAAGGGAUAUUGCUAUUUGGUCCACCGGGAAAUGGAAAGACUCUUCUUGCGAAAGCCGUCGCAACCGAGUCCAAGCAAGCCUUCUUCAACAUUUCCGCUUCAUCAUUGACGUCAAAAUGGGUCGGGGAGGGCGAGAAGACGGUGAAGGCUCUCUUCCAAAUUGCGAAAAACGCACAGCCUGCAAUUAUUUUUAUUGAUGAAAUUGACUCGAUUUUGACGGAGAGAAGUGACAAAGAAGCCGAAUCGAGUCGACGAAUGAAGACCGAGUUCCUAAUUCAAUUCGAUGGCGCUUCUUCAUCGCAAAAUGAUCGGAUAUUAGUUAUCGGAGCCACGAAUCGACCAUACGAGCUAGAUGAUGCCAUUUUGAGGCGGUUUCCGAAGAGGAUCAUGCUGGGAUUACCGGAUGAGAAGGCUCGACACGCCAUCAUUUUCAACACACUGAAGAAGCAUAACGCUGAUAAAGGGAUUCGGGAUCGUGACUUACGAUACAUUGCCUCGGUCACUAAAGGAUAUUCAAAUUCCGAUCUUGUCAAUUUAUGCAAAGAGGCAGCAAUGGUGCCUGUAAGACGACUUGGAAAAGAUCAACUUCGGACAACGACACAACAUGGACUUAGGCCAAUUGAGGUAUCGGAUUUCGAAGAAGCACUUCGCGUUAUCAAACCGUCGACAAAUGGAAAUCAUCUGCAGAAGAUGCUCGACUUUACCGCACAAUCUGGACAGAUG